CACCACAACCAUUUAACGAGAGAUUACACGUUCGGCCUUCCAGUCCCCAGACAGCUGCGCCGGGCGAUACCCACCCUUGUCGAUGCCAAGAACUCGACCGGCCACACAGUCUACGCGCGCCGGUAGCGUUGAAGUUGGUGAAAUUGACGCCGCCAGGAGCAACCACUGCACUUGUUUGAACCCAGGGAGACCCCAGCUGCUGGUCUCUAUAUAAAUUGCCCAGACCUCGAUCGCAGCCUUCUCUCAGGAGUCACUGAGCGUGUCGGGGCAGAAGUGACUUCGGCUUCCACAUGACAAAGUUUACUAUUGAUGUCUCCAAGCUUCCUGACCCGAAGGCCAAACUCGGGCAGGAUGUUGAGCAGCCGGGAGAUGGAUCACUUGAUUUCGAAGACGCUGUGGCCAAAACAGGCCAAGGGUGGUUCCACUACAAGCUGCAGCUCAUCUGUGGGCUGGGCCUCAUGGCGACGCUUGUGGAGAUGUUGAGCACUGGCUACGCGCUGCCCGCGGCGCAGUGUGACCUGGAGAUCAGCACCGCCGACAAAGGAAUCAUCAACGCCGUGUGCUACGUGGGGAUGCUGUUCGGUUCGCACCUGUGGGGCUUCCUGGCGGACACGCGCGGCCGGCGCAUGGUGCUGAUGCUGACGCUGCUCAUGGACUGCGUGUGCACGCUCGUGGCCGCCUUCGCGCACGCCGUCUGGCUGCUGCUCGUCGCGCGCUUCUUCAACGGAUUCUUCAUCUGCGGGUCGGCGGCGGUGCUGUUCGCCUACCUGGGCGAGUUCCACUCGGACGCCACGCGCGCCCGCGCCAUCGUCUGGCUCGGCAUCUUCGUCGCCUUCGCCACCAUCCUGCUGCCUGGUGAGUGCCACGAAUCCUCCGCCUGGCAGGAUUGCGUGGCGCUGCCGUGGAUCGAGUUCCGCUCGUGGCGCCUGUUCCUGCUGGUGUGCGCGCUGCCCGGGCUCACGUCGGCGCUGCUCAUCCGCUGGCUGCUGCCGCGCAGCCCCAAGUUCUCGCUGCUGAUCGGCGACCAGGGGGAGGCGCUGGACACGCUGCGCGACAUCUACUCCGCCAACACGGGCAACAGCCCCGACUCCUACCCCGUGAAGGCGGUGCGCCUGGGGCUGGCUGCGCGGCGCGGCAGCCGCCUGGGCCCCACCCCCGACCCGGGCACCCUCAAGGCACGCAAGUCCGCCUUCGCGCUGCUGGGCAAUAUGUAUAUUUAUUGUCACGGCAACGUCAAUGAUUAUUAG